CUUUUGACUCGAGCAAAAUGGAUGGAGCCAGGCUGAUUGCUAUCUUGCUCAGAUGGAGGGGCAAGAUUUCACGGCGAGGACUUUAUACCCCCUCGGACAGCGAGCUUCCCACCGUUCAAGUUGAGAACUUCCCUACAGGGUAUCCUCAGUACGCUGCUCUCAUCUCAUCGUAUGAUCCUUUCUUUGUCUUCCGGUCUUUCCGUCGGCUCCGGGCGAGACUCGAAGCAGGACGAACUUGAUGUUCUCGAGGCGCAGCUUGAUCGACUGGACCGCAAGGAGGUCUCUCCAUAUGUCCUGGUGACGCAUCGAAAUGACAGCAACAUCGCUCGUACCACCCUUCUUGCUCAGAUUCACAUGCGCCUGGCCGAAUACGAUGAAUUUCUCAACAGAUGCCAAAAAACGCUGAGCUACAGCCAUGCAAACCCGCGUGACGUCGCGAGCCUUCAAAAUUGGUUAGACGGAACGGGGUGCAUCAAUGAAGACGAGACCUCGUACCUCGACACAAGGAGCGACUUGGUCAGCCUGACGUCCUCCAGCGAUCUAGCCAUGAAGCAGCUGGAAGAUUGGGUGGAAGAUCAACUUAUACAAUACUAUAGAGGGUUCCGAGAGGGUCCCGGUUUCGAGGUCUCGUCCAACUCGGAUGUCUACGUCUAUUCCGGUACUAUGAUCAAGAAUAUUGCGACAGGCCUAAUGUUGUUCCUCAUAACAUUCUUGCUUCUUACACCUGUCGUGGUCUGCAUCCUUGUGGAUAGCAUACCGGCACGAAUUGUCAUCAUCAUUAUAUCUACGGGGUGCUUUCUCGUGGCUUCAUCACGGCUAACAAAGUCAAAAAUGAUAGAGCUUAUAUUAGCCGGCGGAACAUUCGCAACAAUUUCAACCGUCUUCGUCUCGAAUUCCAAGAGCAGCUAAACCCUUACCAUGAUCAGCAGCACCAGCCCAGAGAGACAUUGGGGUGACGAUUUCGAUGUAGUGAGAAGCCAUGAUUCGACUGGCUUCUAAGGAAGAUGGAUGACUGCGAACACGGUAGCAGUAGGUAUAUUUGAAAUUGGACACAGAAGAUGGCUGGCCGACAAUAUGUACUUAGAAGGAACGCACACAAGCUUGUUUCGAUUCUAAUCCAAGAAGUUCAUUUUUAAAACU